AGCAGCAGGCGGUUAGAGAAAUGAGAACUCCUCUCCUCUGAGCGGUCAUUUUAAAGAGACGUCAGCGUCGUCUCUGGAAGGUCGUAUGGCGGGAGUUUUAAAUACUCGCGAUUUUACAACGGCCGGUCUAAUCAUCUCUUCUUCAUCGCGGCGAACUGUAAUCAAACGCAAUGAAUCACAUCAGAAACAUAAAGGAGAAGCUGAGCAUACCAACUGGAAGCAGCAGAAAUGUGUCUACCAGCGGCUACUCCAGCUUCACAGACUCGCAGCUUUUCUUCGGGUCUCAGUUUUGGCCUGAAAAUUCUCAAAGCAUGUCUCAAGAAAUGAGUUUGUCAUCCAGGAACUCCCAACAAAGUUCACAGGAGGGAAGUGACCCCAAGUUUAUAAGCAGUUAUCACACCAAACCUUUCUUGUUUGGAGAAUUAAAGGACAAGAGCAAAGCUUUUGGGAUACUCGAUAAGUUUGAAGAGGACAAGAAAAGGGCAAAAGAACAAACUGACCGUGAUAUUUUAGCCAAAGAAUGUAAUCACUUUCGAGAAACCCUCAACAAUAUCCAACAACUGGUCGCUGGCACUGAGAAAAAUACUUGUGCGAGCGAAACGGUCCUUCAAAAAUUUGACAGUUUUUCGUCAACAAUGCAAACUAAUAUCAACAGUCUUCAGAUUGACAUUUCCCAGCAGUUUGAGGCUUUACUGACUAAAGUGAACUCCCAGAAAGAGCUGAUGGCUGAACUCGAAGACAAGAUGCAAAAGACUGGGGACACCACGGUGGCAUUUGGUUCAAACCUGCAAGGCUUAAAGGAUGAUCUGGGUUGUCUGAGAGAGGUUCAGGAGAGAGAGCGAAACAUGCUGGAAGAGGCUCUGAAGCUGCUCAGCACCUUAGUCUCAGAGCACUCAGCCAAAGCCAGCUCUGAGAGGGUGACGGACAGUGCCAACCAGACAUCACCAGAGCUCGAACAGUCUUUCUCCAACAUCCUACAGGAGAACAAGCUUGAAGGCACACAGCUAAUAUGCAAGUCAUACAACCGUGAGUGUAAUCAGGUUCAAGUUCCCCCUCAGGGUCCCAUCAUAGGAAAGAGGAAAGUCCCUCAGAGAGGCCAGAGGAGGUGCAGAAAGAGGCCGCUUGUGCUCUCACAGAGGAGUAAGGGCACUGUCACAAAUGAAAACAGUCAACUACUCAUGAACUGCGACAAAGGACAACAUGUUACUACACCUCGAUGUGAGCGUCGUGAUCCGAACAUGGUACCAAGACGGGACCAUCUCGUUGUAGAACGUCGAAUACUGCCAACCAGGAAGGUGAGAUCAAUAGCUAAAGGGUGUUACAUCACCCCACUCAGCUGCUGGUCUCAGGACAGCGACAGCUCCGUGUGCAUUGAAGGAAUCGAACCCAUCUUGGCGAAACCCUCGGCUGAGUCCAAAGCGGUGACCCCAGUGAGACCCGAAGGCCUCUGGCAGCUGUUUGAUAUAGAUGGGAGUUCUGAUUUAGGCUAUUAGAGGAGGAGUAAAAGAGUAUGAAGUGUACCUUUUUUGUUAUUUUCAUAGUAAAAGCCUGAAAUGUGUGUUGUUCUAAUUAUCCUUACUCUGGACCUAUUAUACUAGUUUUACAGUUUCUCAGUUUGUAGACAAAUUAACACAUUGAUAAAUGUUUAAUGUUCAAAAAGCUUUAGAGGGAUGUAAAAAGGUACUAAUAAAUAAGUUAAGAAAUGACUAACCUACAAAUACACCUUUUAAACUUAUUUCUGCUGAGAUACAAUAUGUAUUUGAUUAAUAACUAAUGUGUUCUGUACUUACACUUCUGAGUACACAAUGUAUAAAUAAACAAACAACUGUAUUCAAAUAA